AUGGCCCUUUCAUCGUGGUCACCUUUCGGAACUCGCAGCAACGCUUUGACUCCUCGCGAUGACAACUUUUUUGAUGAUACCUUAAAUCGUUUUCGUCGGGAUGUUGAUCGUAUCUUCGGUGAUUUCUUCAAUGACGCGAGAGGAGGUAUGAAGGAUGGCGACAUUGUUGGAUCUUUUUCCCCUCGUGUCGAUGUACGCGAAGUUGGAAACAAUGUCGUGGUCCAUGCUGAGUUGCCUGGUGUUCCAAAAGAGAACGUGAAUGUCGAGGUUCGCGACAAUAAUCUUGUCAUUAGCGGCGAGAAUAAAAAAGAGGAUGAAUAUGAUACUGGUACCGGAUGGAUCCGUGAGAGGCGAUUCGGUCGUUUCCAGCGCACCAUUCCUCUACCUAUCAAGACUGAUACCGAAAAGACCAAUGCGAAGUUCGCCGAUGGAAUCUUGGAGAUUACGGUUUCGUGUGUACUCGUGACUUCCAAUUAUGUCGGAACCGUAAAACGACCCGUGUCAUUGUGUGUGGUAGAGCUUGCCUAUAUGGUCGUCGGAGCACAGAUCGACAUAUCACAGAUGCCCCCGCGGGUGCAAAAACUGCAAAAACUUUCGGCCGAUGUGCAUAUUCCAUUUCUCUUGCAUCCUUACACCAAUAUUCAAAGCAUGUUGCAGAAGACUCUGGCCGAAAAGAUGACAAUUGUGGAAAACAUCGUCUCAACUUCCCUUAACAAAAAUAGUUCUGCUAACAAUAUUACCGUGACCACCAUAGCGAGCAUUGAUGAAGAAGAUCUGAACCGAUUAUCACGAAAGAUAGCAAAGCGAGGCGAAACCUUUAAGCCUCGAACUUCUCAACUCGAUCGGGAGACCUUGGAAACACAUGGGGAUCCGUUUAGAGGAUUUUUCACAUUGUUCUGGAUUGCAAUGGUUUUCUACACUCUUAAAAUUG